CUGUCCGAAUCCAUGAUGACCUCAAACUCCUGAUCCCUUCCAAUGGGGAGAUUGCGCCAUUCGCAUUGAACAUUAGAAUCCUCCCCUUAACCACUCGCACUGCCCAUCAGUGCCUACACGUUCGACAUGCGCUCCCUUAGUUUGAUUCUGCUCGCCCUGGCGACCAUGCUCACUCCCAUUUCGGCGCAGUUUGGCUUCUUUGACCAAAUGUUUGGCGGCGGUGGUGGCGGCGAACAGGAGCAACAUCACGGUCACGGUCAUGGCGGGCACCAGCGACAACAGCAGAAUGCGCCGAGCGAUGGGGCAGGAUAUCGCGCCCAGUAUGCCCGUCUUCAUUGCGACAACUACCUCUGUCCCGAUACGCUUGCCUGUGUACACUUCCCCCACCACUGCCCUUGCCCCUGGCCUGCGCACGAAGAAAAGGUUGAACUGGCUGAGGGUCAAAGGAUAUGUGUGUCCCACGGAGGCUUCAAGGCCGGAGAGGCGGCGAGGAAGGUCGAGUUAGCCCGCAAGGGGCUGCUCUGAAGAAUGACCAUAGAGCAGAGACACAGACACAGCACGGGUCGCGCCAUUUCUCACAACCAAAUGGCCUGGCGCAAACAGGACAGGCAUGGAGCGUAACUGGUGCGCUGGGAAUUGGAGUAAGGUAGUUGGCAUGGGUCAUAGACAGUGGCCAUAUACAGCCUGAAGAACAAAGAAGCGCAACGAAAGUAAUGGAAUUAGACCGUCAACGAUA